AAAAAACACACAUGCACGCAUAAAGUGAAGGAUAACGGACGAGAGAGCUGUUUCCUGCAAGGGAAGAAGAAGAAGAAAAACAAGAAGAAGAAGCUGCUAUGAUUCUCUCCCUGGCCGCAGUAGCAGCCAUGAGUAGCGGUGGGGGAAGCAGCCUAAACUCCUCCUCCCCCCUCGACCCCUUCGACUCCUCCACCUCCUGGAGCCUCGCCGAGGACCCCUCAAACUCCUCCUCUGAGCCCGUGGUGAGGACCCUGACCCCUGACUUCCAGCCGGCCACCACCGCUGUCGCCAUCCAGGAAGUAAACCCGUGGGACAUCGCUCUGUGUGUCACCGGGACGCUCAUUUCCUGCGAGAACGCACUGGUGAUCGCGGUUCUGUUCUACACGCCGACUCUCCGCGCGCCCAUGUUCAUUCUGAUUGGUUCCCUGGCCGUGGCGGACCUCAUGGCCGGUCUGGGCCUCAUCUUGAACUUUGUCUUCACGUAUCUCAUCGACAGCUCCGUGGAGUUCGUGACGCUGCUGUCUGUCGGACUUUUAAUCUCCGCUUUCUCCGCGUCCGUGUUCAACAUCCUCGCCAUCACGGUGGACCGCUACCUGUCGCUGUACAACGCCCUGACCUACCACACGGAGCGCACGGUCACCUUCACCUACCUGAUGGUGGUCUUCAUCUGGGUGUUGUGCGUGACGCUGGGUUCGCUGCCGGCUCUGGGAUGGAACUGUCUCCGAGACGAAUCCACGUGCAGCAUCCUGCGACCCGUCACCAAAAUCAACGCCGUGGCCCUCGCCGUCACCUUCCUGCUCGUCUUCGCCAUGAUGAUGCAGCUCUACCUGCAAAUCUGCAAGAUCGCCUUCCGCCACGCGCAGCAGAUCGCCGUGCAGCACCAGUUCGUGGCCAUCUCCACCACCAAAGGGGUCUCCACGCUGUCGGCCAUCUUGUGUGCCUUCGGGGCGUGCUGGCUGCCGUUCGCCAUGUACUCCAUCGUGGCCAACUCCAGCUACCCGGCCAUAUACACGUACGCCACGGUGUCCCCGGCCACCUGCUGCUCCGUCAUCAACCCCAUCAUCUACGCUUUCAGAAACCCAGACAUCCAGAAGUCGCUGUGGGUGGCCUGCUGUGGGUGCUUCCCGUCCAACCUGUCCCUCAGACCCAGGACCUCCAGUGACGUGUAG